UGCAGUAAAAUGCUGUGACAUCUAGUGGCUGAACAAGGCUGGGAAAAAACACAGAUUAACUCUGAGGAAUGUGUUGCUACAAGGGCCAACGCACAGUGUGUUAGUGAGGGUUACGCCGGGUGAGAGAUGGAGAGAGGGGAAGGUCAGGACACAAGCAGGGGUCUGUCUAAUUUGGCCCUCCUCCUCCUCAGCCCCCAUCCUGUUUACCUGCUUGUAGGAUUUGAAAGGAGCUCUGUGUGUGUGUGUGUCAGGGGGGCAGGGAGAGCAGAAAAAGGGGCUGCCAUCACUGCACCUCCUUCUCAGGAGACAGCAAAAGGGAACCAAAAGCCCACAAGACGUUCACAAAGCGUUGAGGCCAUUGGAUCGUUGGGUGCGUUCAUUAACAGACAUGCUUUGCAAACUCUGGCUCGCUCUUUCAGUGUGGCUUUUGCUGCCGACGUCUGAAGCUGGAAGGCAGAUGCCGAAACUCUCAGACAAGAAACUCUGCGCUGACUCUGAAUGCAGCCAUCCCAUCUUGAUAGCUCGUGCGCUGCAGGACUACUACCCUGGAGACUGCAGGUUCAUCCCCAUCAGACAGGGACAGCUCAUCUAUGUCUAUGCAAUGCUGAAGGACAGAGGGAACCUCUUCUGGGCCGGAAGUGUACAAGACUCCUAUUAUGGACAGCAGGAGGCUCGCAUUGGCCACUUCCCCAGCAGCGUGGUGGAGGAGACUCAUCCUCUCAUGCCAGCCACCACUGAAGUCAAGACGACUAAAUGGGACUUCUACUGUAACUGAUGUUGCUUUGACCAAGAAAGUGAACAAUAUUCUUGUCAGAAUUCCAAGAUCUGAUCUUACACACACUGUUGACAACAUAUAUGUAGGUUUGCUUAUCCACUUUGCUGAUUAUCUCAAUUUAGAGAGAUAAGGAGAACAGCUUUGUACAGCAACAUGUGAUUCAAAAUGAUCAGAUUUCAUUAGCCCCAGAGAAAGGACUUAUCGCUGCUUAACGCUCUAUAUUUGACUUGUGUCUUUUCUACUCUUUCUCUCCAUCAUACUGUGUAAUUCCUUUAUUAGCAGACAUUAAAGUGUUUAUAAAAGUUGAUGUGUUUUAAAAUGAGA